AAAGAAAUGACAUGAAACUUUAAAUCGUAACUAUAAAGUCUUGUUAAAUAGUCAGAUCAAAACUAAGCAUUGUUGAUAUGAAUUAUUACAUCAAUAACUAGACGACCGCCAUCUUUGUUAUUUUGAGUGAUGGGUAUAUUAUUACCCGGAAAACGGCAUUUAAAUCUGGGACAUUUAAUAAUAUAAUAUAUUUGAUUAUUUUGUAUUUUUGUGUAAUGGUACACUGGAAAUGGUGAAAGUUUUAAACUUUAGUUAUGUUUUUAAGUAUCCAUUUGACUCAGUCAUCCACGCUUAUUUCAGAAAGGUGAGAUUUUAGUAUAAUUUUUCAUCUUAAUAUAUUUGUAUGAAAUUGUGUGAUAUAUGAAACAUAUUGUCAUUAUUUAUUAAUUUAUUACAGUAUACAUCUGGUUAUGAAAAAAAUGUUGAAAAAAUUUGGAUAGUAGAAGAGAAAAAAGGUAAUAAAAUUGGGCUUUCGAAAAAUUGAAAAAAUGGUUUUGGCAUGUGCUCAGGAUUCCUUUGGUAUAUACUUUCACCUCCCCAAUACACCCUUUCGAUAAUUACGUCACACAUACUUUUUGGUCUUGGAGCCUCACUCUCAUCAGUAAAUUAAUUAAUUAUGCGAGUUGAUUGGCUCACGAUUCAUGAGAAUGAGGCUCCCAGGCCAAAUGACUUACUUAUUGAUAGGGUGUAUUGAUACUAUCUUGCUGCCUAUUUUAUAGAUGCAGUUUCUUUGAGUACCCCCCCCCCCCCCCCCCCCCCCCCCCGCCCCCACCUUUGAGCAGCAGAGGAAAAGUUGCAAUCAUAAGGAAAACAUGAACUUUCAUGAAUUCACACAUAAAUAUUUGUCAUGUAACAACCUAUUUUAAGACCUUUUAACCCAUUGAGUUGCAUUACACCCUGAUGCGCCCUACUUUAUUAUUUUACUCUGUCUAACGCCAGAUUAUUUUACUCGUCAACUGGAGAGCGCUGCUGCUUAAUGAGUUAUUCACUGGCCUAUUAAUUGACUCGCAUUGCGUCCUGAUGUGCCCUACUUUGUUAUUUUACUCUGUCUAACACCAGAUAUUUUACUUGUGAAGGGGAGAGCGCUUAAUUAAUCGUUUAAUUAUUAAAACCUGAAAUAAAAAUUACUUGAUUUUUCAGAUGUGGAAAGAAAUGUAGAUUAUAUAAAAAGAAAAGGGAAGUGUGCUAAUAUUGUUCCAUGGUCUUUACAAAUGGUAUGCCAACCCUGUGUUUAUACUUUGACACAUGUAUGCUAGAUCAUUUUACUUGCGAUUGGAAAAAUGUAGGACUGCAUGAAUGGGUUGAAUCAUUUGCUCUCAUUGAACAUGUAUUUAUCUUUUAGUUUUUUAGUGAGCCAGCAAUUUAUUUUGAAGAGGAAAUUUGGUUCAACAGAAAGGAGAAAAAGAUGACAAUGUACUCCAGGAAUGUUUCUUUCACUGAACUGGCAACAUUAGAGGAAAAAAGUGUUUACAAAGUCUCGAAUGAAGACAACAGAUGGUAAUGAAAAAUUUUAUCUAACACCAGACUAGGGGUGCAAUUGUUGGGGGAGGGGGUGAACCACUAGGGGAUCCUGGGGCACAUUUUUUCUAGUGUUGGGCUGUACGAAAAGGAGUUUUGCUAUUUGAAAAGGGAGUUUUGCUAUUUAAAAAGGGUGUUUUGCUAUUUGAAAAGGGAGUUUUGCUAUUUGAAAAGGGAGUUUUUUGAAAAGGGAGUUUUGCUAUUUGAAAAGGGAGUUUUGUUAUUUGAAAAGGGAGUUUUGCUAUUUGAAAAGGGAGUUUUGCUAUUUGAAAAGGGAAUUUUGGUAUUUGAAAAGGGUGUUUUUCUAUUUGAAAAGGACGUUUUGCUAUUUGAAAAGGGAGUUUUGCUAUUUGAAAAGGGAGUUUCGCCAUUUGAAAAGGGAGUUUUGCUAUUUGAAAAGGGAGUUUUGCUAUUUGAAAAGGAGUUUUGCUAUUUGAAAAGGGAGUUUUGCUUUUGAAAAGAGUUUUGCUAUUUGAAAAGAGUUUUGCUAUUUGAAAAGGGAG